AUGGUCCCUGGCGGAUAUGGUGGAGGUGGGAGUUCUGGUGGACAUCCUUAUGGAUCAGCGAGCGGCGGUGGCCAAACAUCUGUCAUGUUUUUGAAUAACUCUCUCUAUAAUCGAGUGAUUGUGAGCGGCGGUGGUGGUGGAGCUGAUGAUAUUAACAGUUAUGACUCAAGAGGAGGCUCUGGUGGAGGUAUUGUGACCCAAGGUUGGUGGACAGAAAAAAUCUAUGUCGAUGAUUACGUCGCUAAUUCAACUUUUGGGUUCACUUUUGGAACAGGAGAAGCUGCCUCGCCACAAAAAUCGCGAAACCCGAACGGUGUGCAAAAAUUUUGUAAUCUAGGCGAUAAAUUCGGUGGCGGUGGUGGCUGGUAUGGAGGGUUCUCAAGUAAUUAUAUCAAUGGUGGAUGUGGUGGUGGCAGUUCUUGGGCAUUGACUGAAGAUUCUAUUGUAUAUGAUGGUUUGAUUGAAUCUAGAGAUGAAUUUUAUAAUAAUGCUGUUUCCCAAAAAUAUUCUUUUGAUAAAAACUCUGGAUUUCUAUUUUAUAAUGUUGUUCAUGUUCCAGGAAUCUGGCAAGGGAAUGGAAAAUUAGUAAUUACCAUUCUUCCUUGCAUUAAUUGCAACACUCAUCUCAUUUUAUAUCGAAUGCAGUUAGGAUUUCUGCUAUUUCUAACUUUUGCAUUUAGUUGA